AUGGAGCCAGGCAGCGUGGAAAACCUGUCCAUCGUGUACCGAAGCCGCGACUUCCUGGUGGUAAACAAACACUGGGACGUGCGCAUCGACAGCAAGACAUGGCGUGAGACUGUGACACUCCAGAAGCAGCUGAGGCACCGCUUCCCCGAGCUGGCUGACCCUGACACCUACUAUGGCUUCCGGUUCUGCCACCAGCUGGACUUCUCUACCAGUGGGGCGCUCUGUGUGGCUUUGAACAAGGCGGCCGCAGGCAGCGCCUACAAAUGCUUCAAGGAGCGGCGUGUUACCAAGGCAUACUUGGCGCUGGUGCGGGGUCACGUCCAGGAGAGCCGCAUGACCAUCAGCUAUGCCAUUGGCAAGAGCAGUGUGGAAGGUCGUGCCCACACCAUGUGCAUCGAGGGCACACCAGGCUGUGAAAACCCAAAGCCGAGCCUCACGGAGCUGAUAGUCCUUGAGCACGGGCUGUAUGCAGGGGACCCAGUGUCCAAGGUGCUCUUGCAGCCACUCACAGGCCGGACACACCAGCUUCGAGUGCAUUGUAGUGCCCUCAGCCACCCUGUGGUGGGCGACUUGACGUACGGUCAGGGUGGGGGCCGGGAGGAACAACCCUUUCGAAUGAUGCUACAUGCAUUGUACCUACGGGUGCCCACGGGUGCCGAGUGUGUAGAGGCUUGCACGCCAGACCCCUUCGUGCCCACCCUGGACGCCUGCUGGAGCCCCCACACCUUGGUGCACCCCCUCAACAAGCUCAUCCAGGCCCUGCAGACAGCCCCCGACCCUGAGCCGACCGUCGGCCCUCCACCUUGCAGCCCUGCUGCACCCCGCCCAGCAGACCUGGAAACAGAGGCACAGAGGACUUCCUGCUUACAGUGGCUGCUAGAGUGGACCAUGGAGCCAGACAGCUGA